AUUUCUCCCCCUUUUUUUCUUUCAUUACUACCGGCUAAGGGAUGAGAUGAGCAUUUUUUACUCAUGCACACGGGUAGAAAGUUUUGGUGGUUAAUUUUCAUCCCCCUAGAUUAUUGGGUUGCGAUGUGUUGUUUGCGGAUGUGUUUUACAGAGACAUUUAUCUUACGAUGUUACGUUGUAUAAAGGGGGGAUGUAGGAAAAGGGAUCAAAGGGCUCUUCAUCUUUCGAAGAGAUUUCGCGAAAACGAGAUCAGGAUGGAAACCGCGCAGCCCCCUUUCGGAUACGAAAUAAUCCGAUCCGACCGACCCCCGAAAUUUUCUCGCCAACCCUUCGAUCGACGAUCGCACGCCGCGAACGAUCGUUAGAAAAUCCGUUCGAAAAUCGCCGAGUUGUUUCGCUUUUCCAAACCCCUUCCGGAAAAACGAUGAAACUUCAUUCUUCUUCUUUCUCCACCCCCAUCCUGGUCGCGAUUCGUUUCCCCGUGUUCGAUUCAAAAACUCGAAAAUUUUCGCUGUUUCGCCAUCGCCGUUAUUCCGAGGGAUGAAAGCGCGGGAAAAGGGAGGGAGGGAGGCGGAGAGGGGGUGAGGGAAGGGGGUGGGGUGGGGAAAAAUAGGAAGAAAGCUCCGAGGUCGUUCGGUCGGUGGUUCCUUUCGACGUUACGAUCGCGGCGCGAUCGCCACAUUUGCGCGGAACGUUUCCUAUGAGCUCCGUUCGUCGUCUCGGUACCGGUCGAACUUUCGCCACCUCCUCGCGCAACUUCGUGCGAAACUGCGAGAGGACACUCCGUCGUUUCCAUAUCCACGCUACCACCGCGCGUCGCGCUAAGGCCGCGCGUAGAUUCCAGUCGAAAGCUCGCUCCGCACGUCGCGCGCCUCUACCUGCUUUCGGACUCGGAGCUUUCGCGGGGCAUGAGAGGGGAGGGGGUGGGGAGGGGAGGGGGAGGGCGAGAAGCAUUUUUUCCCGCGAAUUGAAGCUCGCUCGCCCUUUUCGAAGCUCCCGAGCGUCGCGGGGCGAGAGCGCCGAGCUUCUAAACCGCCGCGUAGGGCGCAAGCUCCCCCUCGCCCCCCGCCGAAAAAGCUCGGGGCCGUGCCCCGCUACCCAAUGGCGUUUCGCGUUUCCCGUUUUGUUUCCGUUGCGUUACGCUGCGCCGCGCCACCGGCCCCUCGGCGAUAAAGCUCCGUAUAGCUCUCCUCAAUACCGAAAGUGAACGAGUAUAUAGGGCGAGAAACGAAAGCACAGCGCACAACCGGCAGAGUCGAUCAGCUAAAAUUUCCCCCACUUUAGGUAAACGCCUCCCCUGUCCUACCCUAGCCGCGAUAUUUUGCAGCUGGAAUGAAAAUUUUCGGGAGAUGUUGGGUUAGUCGGGCGGCGGUGCGUGCUCGGGUAUUCACCCUUGAAACAUUCAUAACGGAGAGCUAGCUUACGCGGAGUUGAGAGCGGAUGCGAGCUUGCGGCUUGCCCUUUAACGCCCGAAAUUUAAUUCGGCUUCGGGUACCCGAGUGAAUCGGACCUCACCGCGUCACGCGUGCUAAUCACAAAUCCCAAUCGCUUUCAACGGUAAACGAACUGCAACGAUUCCGGUUUUUUCCGCCCUCGAUUUACCACCCCCUUCGAUUCGCGUUACGAAUCAAAAUUCGUUCGGAUCGGGGCGCGACUGACUUUGUGCAACGGAAAAAUAAAAAUACCACACGUUUUGUUUCGAGCUUUUUUUUUUUUUCUACGUUCGAAAAAUUCGUGGGGGAUAUGUCGAAGAAUUGAAAAAUCGAAAAAAAAAUAAAAACGAAAAUGAUUCAACGUCGACGAAAAAUCGUAGUGACAAUUGAAACGUAACGGUUCGGGGAUUGUAUCAAUUGAUUAUCCACACUGCGGUGGACCGAUAGAAAACAAAAGGGAGAAAAAGAAGAGAAAGAAAGGAAGGAAUUUCCAUUCGUCGCGAUUGCCGGGCUCGUUGUCGUUAGAAAUUUAUUCAAUUUUUGUUUUCCGUUUUCCCCCUAUUCCUCCCGGGUGGGUGGAAAAUAAACUGUACAGAUAUUUAACGAGUGGUCCGUAUAAAGGGAAUAAUAUCGCGAGCCCACCACGAGGUCCCGUGGGAAUAAACCGAAAAAAGCUCUCACCUAUCGAUUGCAUUCCAUUUCUCGUGUAUCGGGUACGGCGAUAUUUUUUUCUUGCUUUUUUUUUUUCUCAUCUUCUCUUUUCCACUCCCACCUCCCGUACGCGUACGUCUGGAGGAGCGAGGAAUAAAAAUAUAAGAAACAAAGAAAAAAAAAAAAAAAUGAAACAACAACGUGAAAUAAAAUAAACCCAACGAAACGAACAAAUCUGAUCUAUUUUCCGUUGCCGAUCCGAGAAAAAUGACGCUAUAAAAUACCUCGGAUUGUAAACGAGAGAAUGAAAAUUCGGAAUGCCGACGAAAAAAGCUCGAUAACAAAAAGCGUGCGGAAUUCUUACGUAUUCGGAAAAUAAAGCUUUCUCGAAAGCUCUUUUUUUUUUGACGUGAAAAAUUUUCCGGGUCCUUCGAAAACCUUGCGAAACGUGCAGCGUACCGUGUACCGGGGUAAAGUUGUGCUUUUUCGCAGCUGGCGGAGUGCCGGGAAAAUAAUGUAAAACGAUAUCAAGAAAAAGGGGGAAGAGGAGGGAGGAAGAAGAGGGAAGGAUGAAAGGAAGGAGUGAACGGGUGCGUUAGUGGAAACGCGUGGUCCUCCGAUAAUAACGAAUCGAAUUUUCAAGCAGAGCACGUGAGGUGGUAUAAAUCGAGGAAAAUUUCAGCGUGUCGUCGACCGUUUCGUCCUCGUCGUCCUUGUCGUCGCACGUGGAAAAUGGGCUUGGAAAAUCUCCUUCGUAGAGAAGGGCGAGGAAAUCGGAAUUUCGAACUUCCGACAACCGCGGGGGCGAUGAGCCGUUAAAAUUAUUAACGUAAUCGUCGUUAUUUCGAGUCGUCGCUUCUUUCUCAACGUUUUCGUUAGGUGUUGACCACUCUCUACCCCAGGUCGUUGAAAAGGAGGAAACGUACGUCGCCGACGUUACACUCGUUUCCCCCGUACACAUAUAGAAGCGCGCUUAUAACCUCCGUCAUAUUUUGAAUCGAUAACACGCGCCGUUACCGAGUAACGCGAGGAGGAAGGCAGGCGGCCCCGUAUACUCGCGGCGCCCGUUAUACUGAUUGUGCACGAAACGAGUGUGGAAAAAAAGAAAAAAAAAGAAAUACCGGGAGAAGAAGACGAAGAAGGAGGAGGAGGGAAAAGAGAAGAAAAUAAAAGCAAAGAAAAAAAAUAAACCAACAAACAGAAAAAAAGACAAAAAGAAAAAGCGAAAUAAAGAAAUGAAAAAACCGGCUAACGGUGUGACUGAAAUCGUAGCGUUAAAAUAUUCAACUCCGCGUGUUAUAGGUGCCGGGCCAUCCGUUCCCCGUCGUCACACCUGAAACGUGAAAGAGAAGAAGAACGGGGGGCGGGGGAGGGGCGGGGAGGAGGGGAGGUGAGGGUGAGUGAGGAAUUAAAAGGAGAGAGAAAAAGGAGAAAUUGGACCGGGCUUUAUGUAGGCGAAAAGUGGGGAAAAAUGGAUGCUGAAACUCGAGGACCAGAAAUGUUCAAAGAAGGCAGCGUUCUUCUCGCGGGAAUAAACGAGCGUCACCGACGCUAAACCGCGCACGCUGUACGUCCUCGCUUGCCAACGUAUCCGACCAGAAUACCGCGCCUAUUACACUCGACGACUCUCGCGUACUCGAGAGAGAGAGAAAAAAACGAGUCGCUCCUCAUCGAGUGCCCCUCCUCGUUACAUCCUUGCCAAAAGGAAAGAAGAAAAUUCCCAAUUUUCUAGUCUACUUUAUUUUCGGGUUCGAGGGCGAACCCCUAGCUUUCGGAAAAUGCAUCCGUAGACUCCACCGGCCGGACUCGAUUCCCUCGGAAAGCUCGAUCCGGUGAACGAAACUCUUUCGCAAAAAAAACAAUAGAUAAAAAAUAAAAACAAAGCAGCCGUUCGCCAGGCAAAAAUGUCCGAAGAAACGAGGCUCGCCUUCGAAUCGUUGAGAACCUUCGGGGAUAAAAAUUUGAAAAGCUUCGGGCCGAUGGAGGGGGAAAAUUUCGUUUCGUUCAAAAAUUUCGAACGCUGGAGAUCGGAGCGGCCCUCCUUUCACUGAUAAUACGGAGCGUCCCACCGAACCGAAUCCUAUCGACAUGGUGAAUUUAAACGGCGAAACGGUCCUCGUCCUGCUGGCCCUGGGGGUCCUCGACGUCGUCCUGGCCACCAGGAACAACGAACGGGAGGCCGUCCUCAUCCCCGGGGACAUAGUCCUCGGGGGCCUGUUCCCCGUCCACGAAAAGGGGGGUUCGUCCUGCGGCCCGAAGGUCUACAACAGGGGUGUGCAGAGGCUCGAGGCGAUGCUGUUCGCGGUCGAUCAGAUAAACCGGCAGCACGACAUCCUGCCGGGCAUAGCUAUCGGCGUCCACAUCCUGGACACCUGCAGCAGGGACACCUACGCGCUCAAUCAGAGUCUGCAUUUCGUGAGGGCCUCGCUGUCCAACCUGGACAUAAGCGUCCUCGAGUGCGCCGACCGUUCGACCCCCAGGGUCAGGAAGAGCGCGAACGCCGGUCCGGUGUACGGUGUGGUCGGCGGCUCGUACAGCUCGGUGUCCCUCCAGGUGGCCAAUCUCCUCAGGCUCUUCCACAUCCCCCAGAUAUCGCCGGCCUCCACCGCCAAAGCUCUCAGCGACAAGACGCGAUUCGACUACUUCGCGCGCACAGUACCGCCGGACACGUUCCAGUCCAUCGCGCUGGUCGACGUGGUGAAGAGCGUCAACUGGUCGUACGUGUCGACGGUGUACUCGGAGGGAUCGUACGGCGAGUACGGGAUCGAGGUGUUCAACAGGGAGGCGACCGAGAGGAACGUAUGCAUAGCGGCGGCGGAGAAGGUGCCGAGUUCCGCGGACGACAGGGUAUUCGACAACAUAAUAGCCAAGCUGAUGAAGAAACCGAACGCCAGGGCGGUGGUGCUUUUCACGAGGGCUGAGGACGCCAGGCGGAUACUGGAGGCCGCGAGGCGUUCGAACCUCAGCCAGCCCUUCCAGUGGAUAGCGAGCGACGGCUGGGGUAAGCAGGGUAAGCUGGUCGAGGGGCUCGAGGACGUGGCCGAGGGCGCGAUCACGGUUGAACUGCAGUCGGCCAGUUACCCGGGCUUCGACGAUUACAUGGCCACGCUCACCCCGGAGACGAACAGGAGGAAUCCGUGGUUCGGCGAGUACUGGGAGGACGCGUUCUCCUGCACGUUGACGAAGAACGUACCGCUGGUUACGAAUCAGACGAUAAACGUUUGCUCGUCGAAGCUCAAGCUCACCCAGGACAAGGGCUACGAGCAGGAGUCGAAGGUUCAGUUCGUCGUUGACGCCGUUUACGCGUUCGCUCACGCACUUCACAAUCUGCAACGCGACCUGUGCGGACCCUCCGAAGGACUAUGCGCCCCGAUGAUCAAUUUCGACAGAGGAGCUUUUUACAGAAAUUAUUUACUCAACGUCUCAUUUACCGAUGCCGCUGGCAGCGAGGUCAAAUUUGACGAGCACGGAGAUGGCUUGGCGAGGUACGAUAUUUUGAACUUUCGAAAACUCGAUCCCAACGGCACCAACGGAUAUUACUACCGGGUGGUGGGCAAAUGGUACAAGUCCCUGAGGAUCGGUACGGAGGAUCUGGUGUGGUCGAAGGGCUCGACGGAGGUACCGAUUUCCGCGUGUUCGCUACCCUGCGAAGCCGGCAUGAUAAAAAAGCAGCAAGGAGAUACCUGCUGUUGGGUAUGCGACCAGUGCGAGGCCUACGAGUACGUGUACGACGAAAAAACGUGCAAGGAUUGCGGCCCGGGUCACUGGCCCCAUCCCGACAAAAAGAGCUGCUACGCCCUACCCAUAAAUCACAUAAAGUGGAACAGUGCGUUCGCGAUUAUUCCGGCCGUCAUAUCCUGUCUGGGGAUAAUAACCACCUUGGCGGUAGGCGGGCUGCUGUUCAAGCACAGGGACACACCAGUCGUCAGAGCUUCCGGUCGCGAGCUCACCGGUAUCCUUUUGUCCGGCGUUUUGGUCUGCUAUCUGAACACCUUCGUUCUCCUGACCACACCGACAACGGUCACCUGCAUCAUGCAGAGGUUCGGCGUAGGCGUCAGUUUCAGCACGGUGUACGGCGCUCUGUUGACCAAGACGAACAGGAUCGCGAGGAUAUUCGACUCGGCGUCGAGGUCCGCGAAGAGGCCGAGGUACAUAAGCCCGACGUCGCAGGUGUGCAUCGCCGCAGCCCUGAUAGCCUUUCAGGUGGUGCUAACGCUCGUCUGGAUGAUCGUAGAGCCGCCGGGCACGCGGUUCUCGCAACCCGACAGGCGGCAAGUGAUACUGAAGUGCAACAUACAGGACAUGAGCUUCCUGUUCUCCCAGAUGUACAACGCCGCGUUGAUAGCCGUAUCGACCGUUUACGCCGUCAAGACCAGGAAGAUACCGGAAAAUUUCAACGAGAGUAAAUUCAUCGGGUUCACCAUGUACACCACCUGCAUAAUAUGGCUGGCCUUCGUGCCGAUCUACUUCGGUACCGGCAAUUCCCACGAGACCCAAAUAACGACGCUCUGCGUAGCCAUAAGCCUCAGCGCCUCGGUGGCCCUGGUUUGCCUCUACUCGCCCAAGGUCUACAUCAUCAUAUUCCAACCGGACAAGAACAUCAGAGGGAAGGUCACGAUGAGCGGCAGCACGUUCAAGAAACAGGGGAGCAGUGCAGGUGCGUCUUCCGUCACGAAGUGCACAGCUUGCGACGGUCCGAGCGAAAGCGUUCCUCUCCAAGCUGCGAUAACUGCUUCCAGUGUGCAGACCUCGGUUGGUACACCGCAGACUCCGACUCGUACGAUCUUAGCGUUUAAAUCGGUGAACGAGGAAGUCGCUCAUCUCUAGCCUGCGAUCGUUGGUGAAAAUUGUUGUUGUUUUUUUUUCUUUAUUUAUUUGCUCACGACGUUUAUUUCGAGAUUUCGAGGUACAUCGUCAACGUCUCGUGAUUCUUCCGCACCGAUCGGCAGCCUCCGGAAAAAAGGGAGAAGAGAAGCGAGGUCGUCCGACAGCCGACGUAUCGGCACUCUCCGAGAUCGUUUGUGAUGUACGGUGAUUGAAAAAAGGAGAAGACAAAAAAAAAAAAGGAAGAUUUAAAUAUGAAAUCGAAUUAAACGAAAUAUUUUGCUCACUGCAUCCACCGUUUCGGAAAUAUGUGCGCGUAUCGCGUUCGCAUUCUGAAGGUGGAUAAAUUCGUGGAUUUUGAUGAAAUGAAAGCGAACGGAGAGCGAAGAGUGUUAAAAAAAAAAGGAAUAAAAUUCUUGUAGAAAAAAAAAAAUUAAUCGAUAUCGUAGGUGCGACCAAGAUAAUUAAUCUUAUAAUUAAUGGGAACACUGCGGAAAUUGUUUGUAAAACAUUUACGUAUGAUGUAUAGAUAUGUUAUAUACUUAUAUAUUUAUCGAAGAGAAAGAAAAUUAAAAGGGAGGAAAAAAACUAUGUUAAAAAAUAUGAAGAUUACGUACAAUUACGGUAUGUAAAAAUUGAAUUUUGAGUGUUUCGUGUAAAAAUGAUGAGAAAAAAGGGAUUCUAAAUAUUGCGAGAAAUAGUGUAAUAUUAUUUUCUUUGAACUUUGAAAAUUGAAAUUUUCAGCUGAUUGGAAAAAGAAAGAAAGAGAGAAAGAAAAAAGGACGUUUGCCCCAUCUUUUUCCGUUAUAAUUACGUGUAUAAAAUAUAGAGAAGAAAGAAAUUUAGGAAAUGUUAAAUAAAAAUUCGUAAACGGUAAUAAUUUCACGUGAA